GCAGCUGUCCACGAUAGGAAGCGGUUUCCAAUCCACUGAGGGGACGCUUAUUCAGAGCUGAGCACAGGCAUAAAACAAAAAAAAAAAAAACACGUUUAUCAAGGGCUGCUUACACGGAUUAGUGAAAACAAGGCUUUCAAGUUGCAAUGUCUGACGACUUUGGCUCUGAAGGGGCAACAUUUGGAUCCAGUAUGGAGCCCACUGCAGAGCGGGUGGCUGAGCUGAAACUUACCCACAUUAAAGAAGAGGUCUCUGAACUGGAAAUCGAUCCUGUUGAGGAAGAGUCCCCAGAACUGGAGCAUGUCUGCAUCAAAGAGGAAGAGGAGGCCGAAGGGGAAUCGCCUUACAUCAGGAGAGUGGUUGUGGAGUCGGAUUAUGUCUAUGUUAAACCUGAAGAAUUUGAGCUUGAAGCUUCAAUUGAAGGACGGGAGUCUCAAGACACCAAUGUUAAGGAUGGAAUGGGAUCUGUGCAGUUGGAAUAUCGCAUCUCUCAGCCAGACACUGUCCAAAUGCAACCUUCACCGCAAGGUGAAGAGAUACCUGUCGGGACCACAGUGCUUCCACCCAACGAGUCAAAAACACAAUCUAAAACCAAAAGUGGCAGGCAUGUGGCCCGGCAUCAGUGUGUUGAAUGUGGGAAGAGCUUUGUACAAUCCUACAACCUUAGAGUUCACCAGCGGACUCACACAGGAGAGAAGAUGUACCCCUGCCCCGACUGCGGAAAGACCUUCAGUCAAAUCGGCAGCCUUAAAAAACACCAGCUGACCCACACCGGAGAGAAACCGUAUCAGUGCUCUGAAUGCGGGAAGAGAUUUAGCCAGUCCAGCAACUUGAACACCCAUCGGAGAAUUCAUACGCGGGAGCAGCAGAACUGCUGCAGCGACUGUGGGAAAACGUUCAACAACCCGAGCAACUUGAGAGCGCACCAGAGAAUCCACACAGGGGAGAAGCCGUAUCUCUGCCCCGAGUGCGGGCAGAGUUUCAGUCUCUUCUGGAACCUGAAGAGACACCAGAAAGCCCACGCAGGAGAGAAACAGCAUCGCUGUCUGGAAUGCGGCCGGUCUUUCAGUCAGUUCAGCUCCCUUAAAAGACACUGGAAAGUCCACACGCAGGAGAAACCGCAUCACUGCAUGGAGUGCGUCAAAACCUUCAGGACAUACAGAUCCCUAAAAGGACACCAGAAAAUUCACACAGGAGAGAAACUGUGACUCUCCUAAAUGCUUCAAGACUUUUGUAGUCACUGCGACUCUGUUACAAAACACAGGAGAGACAUCAUGGGCUUGAAGACGAUGUGGAAGGCAUUUACGGACAGCAUAUAAAUGCAACCUUUGGAAAAUUAAAUGCUGCGCCCUUUAUAUUGUGUGCAAAAUCCUUGCUGAAUGCGCACAGAUCCACAGACAUUGAAGAUAUUUUACUUUAAAACGCUUAAAAACACAGACGAUCAUGCAAGAGCUCAGAUCCACGCUUCGUAUCCCUAUCCCGACUGCGGUCUCUUGCGAUGACAAACAUUUCUAAAUAAAAAUUCCUUUUUCAUCUCCUCGUUGAAGACCUUGAAAAGGCAUCGAGAGGAAACAUCGUUGAAUGGCUUUGGUUUCUCUGCUGAGCGCUUUCGAGUUACGGAUGGUGUUGAUAACCAAGACGCAUGGACCUGUCCUUUUAUCUCGACAUCAGCUUGUCAACGAGAUGUAAAAGUAUUUAAUAUUGACCCCGUCAGGUGAGAAUUAUUACCUGAAUGUCGACAGCUGUUAUAAGACAGGAAUUGGAUUAUAAAAUGACUGCGUUUAUAAGAAAAAAUAUGUUAUUAAUUAGUUAUCAGAUGUUUUAGUGGGUGAGCUAACUGCUGCUGCAGAGUCACUUACAUAGGACCUCGUUUGUUUUACAUCUCAUGCAAAGGACGGAGCACAAGGG